CGUACGUUGACGUCGACGUCUUUAUCGCAGCUUGUUCUUUGCGGAGGAAAACAAAAGCCAGUGGUACACUGGAAGUCAAAAAAUAAGCACCGGGGAACCUUGUCGUCGAUCUUCCUGCAUCUGUAUCACAGAGGAGCGGGCUCAGUCUUUACGAUACGUGACGGGACAGAAGGUCAAUCAACUCCACUAAUGAUUCAUCAGCAUUAAGCUUCUUCUGUACUUCUCAAGGAUGGCUAGUUGCGGGGAGGUCGAUCACUCUGUUGGCUCGAUUCCAUCCAGCAAGAAAGGCAACAACGGUGGUGGAAGUGGAAACAGCGCUGAUGCCUCGUGUUCUGGCUCAAGCACAUCUCCAGCGCUGUCUGUACCAGAGUGCGCCAUUUGCCUGCAAAGCUGCGUUCACCCAGUCCAGCUGCCAUGCCAUCACGUCUUCUGUUUUCUCUGCGUGAAAGGAGCAUCUUGGCAGAGCAAACGCUGCGCUCUAUGCAGACAAGAAGUACCUGACGACUUUCUGGAAAGGCCCACACUUCUCUCCCCAGAGGAGCUAAAAGCAUCAGCAGGAGGACGUGGUGGUGCUGCAAAUGAUCACGCCUGGUAUUAUGAGGGGCGUAACGGCUGGUGGCAAUAUGACGAGCGAACCAGCCGUGAGCUAGAGGACGCUUUUUCUAAAGGCAAGAAGACGGCAGAAAUGCUGAUUGCUGGUUUCUUGUAUGUAGCUGAUUUGGAAAACAUGGUGCAGUACAGGCGUAAUGAGCACGGUCGCAGACGCAAGAUGAAGAGGGACGUUUUGGACAUCCCAAAGAAGGGAGUGGCAGGACUUCGUUUGGACAGUGAGAGUGUUACAGGUGCGGCAGGAAGAGAGAACUCUGCAGAUGGGGCUGACAACAUAUUAGUGGGUGUACAGCAGCAGGUUACAGGUUUGUCUUCUACUGUUACAGCCCCUACAGUCACAAUCAGACCGCCCACAACUCUUGGGGCUCAGCAUGGUACCAGCACUAGUCCCUCGCUGGAGGAUGAUCUCUCCCAACUGCAAAUCAGUCCAAGAACGACACCUCCUCUUGACAGAUCUGAGACUGGGGAAGGAGAGGAAGAAGAUGACGAUGAAGAGGAAGAGGCUUCGCCCUCAAGGUCUUCUGAGCCUCACACCUCCGUGGACGAGUCUGGUUCUGGAGAUUGGAGCGAUGACGAAGACGAGGAAAAUGAAGACGGGGAGGGGGGAGAUGAAGAGCACAUAGAGCCAUGGGAGGGCAGGUCAAGGAGGCAAAGACUCAAUCCAGAGGAUAGAGCGCCUCCAGGUGCAGAGUCUGCCUCUUCCUCAUCCAGUAGCAGUGGAAGGUCCAGAAUGCCUGACGGCCAGUGUACAGUGACUCAAGUGUGAAGUCAUUGCUGAAACAGUUCCAUUCCACUAAUUUAUUCCUGACUUUAUGUUGUCUUUCACUCAGCCACAGAUCAGAUGUGGGUGGGUUGCUACACAUGCUGAAAUAAACCGUGGGAAAAAUUUAGGUUUAAGGAAAUAAUUUUCAAUGCCUUGUUUUUGGCUCUAAACCAUCUGUGUGCAUCAGUGACAUGGUUUGUUUCUCCAGUGAAUACCCAGCUUCUCCAGUUUGUUGUACGUUGGGUUUAAUUAAGUGCUGCUUUGCAAACAUGCAGAUUAGUCCAUCCUGUUGUUUUCAGCUUUUACAUGAUUCUCCACCUGGCAGCAGAACAGAUUGUCAGUGGUUUUUACCUUUCAUAAAUAUCAGUUCCUUAUUUUUUUUUAUUCUUAUUCUUGAUGCAGUUUUAAGCGUAAAUUCAUUUACCAAACUCCUGCAAAAUCAUAUUACUGUUAAUUAAUGGUGAAAUAUUCUGAGGACUAUUGGUGUUCUCAUCAAGGUUUGUGCUGUGAAGUGAAAGAAGACAUAAAGAGGGAUUUUACUCUUGGAUAUGGAGCUGUGUCAUUUACAUCAUUUGGGAAUGGCUGCAGUCUAAUCACCUACUCUUUAACUCUCUCAGCUAACAUGACACGCACAGGGGCUUAUUGGAGCUCAGGUCGUCUUAAUAAUCAUGUGUUCCAACACCAACUCCUGCUCCAGAUAGAACUUAUUACAAAGUUUUAGUUUUUUUCCUUCAAAUUUAAAAGCCUAAUAUUAACAACAUGUGAAUGAUUUUCACAGCAGAUGGGGUUGGAAGAGUUUAUGCAGUUGAAGUCAUAGUACUCUGAUGUACUUCUCCAGCUCCAGAGGAUAACACAGACAGCAGUUGUCUGUAAUCUCAGCCAAUCUGCAGCUUUUAAAAAAAAUCAACAAUAAUUAUAAACCUGUUUGAUUAAGUGAAUGUGCUUGAAAUAAUAAUUGGCAAUUCAAUGUGAAUUAAUGUUGUUUAUCUUUUUUAAAAAGUUGAGGCCUCUGGACCGUGAGAGCCAUUUUAUGGUCCCUGAAGUAUUCUCGACAGGUGUGUUUCUUAAGUUUCGUAAUUUGUCCGUGUUUGAAGAGAGAGUUAUUUAUAAACUACUGGUUGGCAGGAUGUUGUAACUGGUUUGACUUUGUCUUUUUUUUCUUUUCAAUGGUUGUAAAUUCUUUUACUUCUAUGUUGUUCCGAGGCAGUUGAAGAAAAUGUGUCAGCUAAAUUUCUGUUCCCCUGCAGAGGUUUCAGGUUAUGUUAUUUUUAUAAUUCUUACAUGCUUACAUCAUCAGCUUUUAGAUUUCCACUCUGAAAAAUAAAGUGUGUGUAACAGUU